AUGUCUAACGCCAAUGAGUCAGCGAAAUCAAAAAUUAAGUUAGAUGGUCUGUCUAAAAAAUCGACUGUUCUCGAGGAUGCAAUGAAGUUGGGCAAAUAUUCGAUAAGAUUUUGUUUUUUGGCUGAGUUCAUGAUAUUUAGCCAAUUAAGCAACAUGUAUUACAUGGUUUAUGCUGGUAGGUCUAUUAUGUUUCAAUUAGAUCGUUGUCAACAACAAGAUAAAAUUUUUCACAUAUUGUUAUUACCAGGAAUUGCUCCAAAAAUCACCGCCUGUGGUCAUCAUGUUUACGAUCCAUCGCUAGAUUCCAUUUCAGUUUGUAAUCAUUUUUAUCAGCUUAAAGAAAAUAUCACAUGCGAGCCUGAGCUACAUUCUGAAUUCCUUUCGGUCAAUAUAGAGUUUGGUUACCUGUGCCAUGAAUCUAAAAUCGUAAAAGAUAGUAUAUCUAUUCAAAUGAUCGGAGUUAUCCUGGGAUCGAUAGUCUUUGGGCAUAUAAGCGACUUCUCAGGGAGAAAAAAAGUAAGAACUUUUCAUACUAUGAUGAUUUGUUUAAUCGGCAUAACAAUAAUUGGUGCUUUAUCAGUUUUAUCAACGAAUUUCAUCGCUUUUACUAUCUUUCGGACUUUGAUUGGCUUUUUUAAUGGUGGCCAAAUUGCGGUUCUUCUGGUAUUCAUGGUGGAAAAUCUGCCAAAAAAGGACAGACUGUGGAUAAAUAUUCUAAUAACUUGGUCACCUAAUAUUGCGCUACUUGCAAUCAUCGCUUACUUGUGCACAACCUGGAAAGUUUUAGCCGUUGUAACGAGUUUACUUUCGAUUCCUGCCAUUGUUUUAUUAUAUUUCGUUUAUGAAUCACCGCGAUGGCUAAUUCAACAAGGCCGGAUUGAUGAAGCUCUUAUAAUACUAAAAGCAAUAACUCGAAUUAAUGGAACAAAUGAAAUCUCUGAUCAAAUGAUUAACCAUGUAAUUUCAAAUGAAAGACAGUUAGCGAUGAAAAACGCCGAGAAACGAAGGAAUUUCUACAUUUACCACUUAUUUUAUACUCGGGAGCUUGCUAUUCAUACAAUCGUACUAUCUCUUAGUUUGUAA